AUGCUCCCCCUCGCACUCCACCUCUCUGGCGCUCUGCUCGCCUGCCUGCUCCUGGACAGCUGCUGGGCGUUCAAGAACGACGCCACGGAGAUCCUGUAUUCGCACGUGGCCAAGCCCCUUCCCGCCGCUUCCAGCAACAACAGCACCUUGAACCAAGCGCGGCACGGAGGCCGGCACCCCGGAUUCGACCGGAGCAGUCGUGUUCAAGUUGGCUGCCGGGAACUGCGAUCUACUAAGUAUAUUUCCGAUGGCCAAUGCACUAGCAUCAACCCUCUGAAAGAGCUGGUCUGUGCUGGGGAGUGCCUCCCAUUACCAGUGCUGCCCAACUGGAUUGGCGGAGGAUAUGGAUCCAAAUACUGGAGCAGAAGGAGCUCCCAAGAGUGGAGAUGUGUGAACGACAAAACACGCACCCAGCGGAUUCAGCUUCAGUGUCAAGAUGGAAGUACAAGAACCUACAAAGUCACCGUUGUCACAGCUUGCAAGUGCAAGCGAUACACCCGGCAGCACAACGAAUCCAGCCAUAAUUUCGAAGGACCGCCUCAAACAAAGCCAAUCCAACACCAUAAAGAGAGGAAAAGGAACAGCAAAUCCAUGAAGCAUUCCACAAGUUAG